AUGUCGGCUCUCUCUCCCACCGGCCCCUCACAGCCAACCCAAGCCCAAGCCUACGAAACCCCCGGGAACCCCGCCUCGACCACGCCCCGGGAAAAAUCCGCACAAGCCACCAACGCCUCGGACAGCAGCGCGCCAGUCGACCAGCGGAUCCCCCAGAAGCAGGCCUCAGACGCCGCCGGGCACCGCAAUGCCAAGUUCGAGGAGGGCGCCGGCGUGCACGGCGCUCCCGCUGGCGAGGAGGCGAAGGGUCUGACUGAGGAGGACGUCGGCAGGCACAAGGAGCUGGACGGCGAGCAGAUGGCCGCGCCUGGCGAGGGGCGGGUGGCGGAUGCUGUGCGCAAGGGCGGCGAGGGGAUGGGCGGGGGUGGCUCGGAGCCGAGUUUUACGAGUGAUCUGGAUCGGAAGAAGGCCGAGCAGGCCGAGGCCCGUGAGGCGAUCAAGGCUGAGAGGGCGGGGGACACACUGGCUGGCGGUGCCGCGGGACAGACUGGCGGGCCUGCGAAUCCCGUCGGUCAGGGCGGGUAUCCCAACGGCGGGCCGCUGAACUAG